UCUAUAAAGCAAAAACCCCUCCGACUCGUUAUUCCGGCGUUAGUCGCUCGCUUUGUUUAUCGUGAGGCAGAAAACCGGCCCCGCUCCGUAAGACAGGUAGACCAAGAUCCGUUCUUACGUCUUUCUGUACGGCACAUUCUUUGAUGACACUCUUCCACUGAGCGUUUUGUUUAUGUUAUUGAACCGUCAAAGAAGCUGCGUGGCUUCGCCUUAAAGAUCGUUGAUAAUUGCCUGCGCGUGGUAGUUUAUCGAUAACCGUCGCGCGAUCAACACACUUACCUCGGCAUGGCUCUAAUUCGGAGUUUCGGUUUUGUUUGGAUUUUCCUAAUGAUCCAGUCCGGGCAGGGCCAGAGUUUCGAAUCGUAUGAAACCUCACACGUGGCUUUGAUUGGUUGGACUCAGCCCAGUGGCACCAUCAAGUUUGAUUGCGCGGGAUCGUACCUGGGGAAAAACAUCAUCUUGACCGGAGCACGCUGUCUGAAACGCGAUGGUGCUCUUGCUGAUGUUGUUCGGCUGGGAACGGCGAUGGGAUCGCCAAUGGAUUUUCACGUGGAAAACGUGACCAUCCAUUACCGGUACCAGGCUGAAUACUACUAUCAUAAUAUGGCGAUCAUUAUCUUGAAAGAAGAUCCUCAGAACGUGUCUGCCAAAUUCAAACCCGCUUGCAUAUACUCAAGACCCCCUCCGAUUCCGGAAGGCAGGGUUCACUUGAUGGGUAGAGAUUCGACAGGGUCAUACCUCAAGACGGAGCUGGAUUUGGUCGAUUCGGACAAGUGUCACGAAUACUACAGUCCCACAAAAAAACUGAAGUACGGCGCAUUAUUAGUAUGCUGUAUGUGCGCUCGGAACGCUGAAGUCGCCAAGUGCGCAACUGAGCUCGGUUCCCCGAUGCAGAUCAUCCUGGAGCGGAAUGGAAAACGGGUUCCAUUCUUGGUCGGGCAGAAAACGAUCGGUCAGUCGUGCGGUUCGAAAGUGCCAGGCAUUUAUACCCGACUGAGCUCGGAUGGGCAUCUUCCCUGGAUUGUCACGUUAGCUCGAAUGGACUUCUACGAUCAUGACGCCUGCUUCGAAAAAUAUUAAAUGAUCGAUUAAUCAUCGUCAAGACACCUAUUUUUCUAUUUUACAUCAAUGAUCUAUUAAAAUUAAUUUAUUGUAAUUUUCAUCGUACUAUUAAAUGAUUAACCUGGUGGAGGUUUGUGAUUAUAAUUGUUGCGCGACUCUAGAUCAGACAUUUUGUAUAAUUUCAUAACUUUUCUAGACAAUUAUUUAGUAGGUAGUAGCCAUAUAAUGAAGGAAAACGUUCCAUUGUUGCCUCUAAUUAUAAUCUCCAAUCAAAUCAUAUUGGUUUUGAAAUGUUGCUUCAGUUAUGUUGGGUUAAAUUUUAUUUACGUCCAGAUUUAAUCAUAUAAAAUCAUUGUAACUUAUUAUGCAACGUAUGGACUGAGGUAAUUUUUUUAUACUUUUAUUAGAAAAAAAAGUCGAACCAAAUAAUUAUAGGUUAAUUGUUUUUAUUGUUGUUUUAAAUAACUGACACUGUUGCAAUUGUGUUAUAAUCUUGUUUUACCUUUGUACUAGGGUUUAUCCCCAACAAUCCGUGUCUGUACAAUACAAGAGAGGCAAUAUUACCACUAUUUGAGUACGGUUUUAUAACUACA